UUGGAAAGCAUCCAGUAGGGAAAAUGUCGCAGUACUCUGGAAAGAUUUGCUUCUAUGAGGGAAAAUGCUUCACCGGCAGGAAGCUGGAGGUCAGGGGAGACUGUGAUAACUUCCAGGACCGCGGCUUCAUGAACAGGGUGAACUCCAUCCGUGUGGAGAGUGGUGCCUGGAUCUGCUAUGACCACCCCGACUUCAAGGGCCAGCAGUACAUCCUGGAGCACGGAGAGUACCCCGAGUUCCAGAGGUGGAACUCCCACAACGACCACAUGGGAUCCUGCAAGCCCAUCCGCAUGCAUGGAGAGCACUACCGCAUCGAGCUGUUCGAGGCCUGCAACUACUCCGGUCAGUGUGUGGAGAUCUGCGAUGACUGCCCCUUCCUGCAGAGCCGCGGCUUCAGCAAGAACUGCAUCAACUCUGUCAGGGUCUACGGAGACGGAGCCUGGGUGAUGUACGAGGAGCCCAACUUCCGUGGUCGUAUGUACAUCGUGGAGAGGGGAAACUACUGCAGCCAUAACGAGUGGCAGGCCCAGAACCCCAACAUCCAGUCCAUCCGUAGAAUCGUCAACUACUUCUAAGCUCUGACCUCUGACCUCUAACCUCUGAACCACCAGUCUUCCCCAGAUCCCAACUUCCUCCCCUGAGCCACCACCAAUCCCCCCGUCACGGACUGUGACUUUUACCGAUCUGUAAUCAUGUACAAUAAA